GGAGCAGCCAAUGGCUAGCUAGCGAGGGGGCGUGGCUCGGAGGGUUCGCGUGCACUGUUUGUCCGCCUGGGUUGCGUUGUGUAGUGUCUUCCAGCGAGCUCGGUGCGGGCGGAGAGCGGCUACCGUGUGAGGGGCCCGGGAGAGAUAACACACUGAUAAUACACUGAUAAUACACUGCAUGAGCCGAGUGCACGGAGCACGGCAUCCGCCAUCACAACGGUCAGUCACGGGGAGUCAUUAUAAUAUAAUAUAAAAUAUCCAUUAUUAUAUACAUUAUAUUAUAUCUAUUAUAUAUUAUGUUAUAUUACAUUAUUAUUAUUUAUUAUAUCCAUUAUUAUUAUAUCCAUUAUUAUUAUUAUGUUAUUAUAUACAUUAUAUCUAUUAUUUAUUAUAUCCAUUAUUAUAUUAUGUUAUUAUAUACAUUAUAUUAUAUCUAUUAUUAUUAUUAUUAUUAUUAUUAUUAUUAUAUCCAUUAUUUUUAUUGGGGGGGGAGUCUCUGGCUGUCUGUGUAUAAUAUGGUUUGUCACACUGGGAGCAUGGCCUGUCACUGUUAUUAUUUCUAUUAUUAUUAUUAUUAUUAUUAGGGGGCUCUGUCUGAGGGACACACACACACAAACAAACACACACACACACUGUGUUCUGUGUAUAAUAUUGUUUGUCAGACUGGAAGUCCUGUGUGAGCUCUGCCAGAACUGAUAAUAUCUCUAUCAAAUCUAAUAAACACAGUGCUGGGUGUGGAGGAAUUCUUCUUCCUUUCUUUCUUUAUAGUUAGAUAAUCACUUUAACUUAUAAAUCCAAGGGACACUAUGCAUUCAUUAUUACACUGCAUUAACACGAUCAGAAUACAGGGCUAUGUGCUUAAUCAAAGUAAUAAAAUAUAUAUAUAUAUAUAUAUACACACACACACACACACACACACACACACACACACACACACACACAGGUUUUUAAUAUAGUGAAUGUUUAACAGCCAUUCAUAAAACUUCAUUACUAUAUAUGUGUGUGCGCGUAUUUAUUUAUAAAGCGCCAACAGAUUCCUCUGCGCUGUACAAUAUUCGCAGGUAGAGAGAGCCCUGCCCGUAAGUUGAGAUCCUGUCUUUUAAGCUCUUUUAUACAAAGUGCUUAUCUAGCCCGUGAGAAUGUAUAUUAUCUCCCAUGCAAUAUUCAGAUGUGUGACCUCUUGUCACCCUCCAGUUUUGGGGUCUUCUUUGGUAAAGAUGGCGUGCGAAGCAGUGGUGAAGAAGGAAGUCCAAAUGUAUAAAGACCAAACGUGUUAUGUUUGGGACUUAAUCUAUAAAGGAUGCAACCAAAAGUAAUAAUUAUCUCUGUAUGACUUGUGUGUCAAGAGAAACUCCGUUAAGUGCAUCGGAUGCAUUGCAAUUUAUGUUAGCGUUUCGUUCAAUAACCUUUUUGUUAAAACUUCUGAUUUUGUUUUUUUUGUGUCAGGUGCAAAGAUGAUGGUGCUUACGCCCCAAGAUAACUUGCACGUUCUAGUGGGCCAGAGGUUUACUAGCGUGUUGGGCACGGACGUGGUGUUGGAUACCGACAAGGUCUCAGAGUGGCCAUGGAAAAGUGGAAUUGUCCGAGCUGCUUCUCAUAAAGAUAUUUUCCACCAUGACUUGAAGGUAAGGAUCUCUGCCACUAUAGCCUUUAUUUGGUUUAAGGACAUGUUGGUGUUGGGCUUCAUGAUGGUAAGGUGUAGUGAUGAUGACCAGCAAGUAACUUUACCACAAUCAAACGUUUGCUUUGUUCUGUAGUUUAACUCUUCUAUGGUCCAAUUAAUACAACCUUAUAAUCCUUUUUACUACGUGCUGGCUUGCUUGCUUGUCUUGGCUGUUAACUCUUGAGAUAUCUGCAUGCAUCUGUUUAAUCUUUCGGGGGGUAGUCUUUGUGAUUUCUCAUUUGACAUGUAUAUGGCUCCUUGAGGUAAGCAUCACAUGUUGCUCAGAAGCAUGGUUUGCAUAUACAGGUAUGAGUCCGUCAUCAGCAACUACUAUUUACAAUGAUCCCAUAGUUGACAUCUUAGCUCCUCCCUCUUUGUGACGGCAUGUUUUGGUUUGAGAGCUGCCAGUGUCACUAGUGCUCAUGGCUGCAUCUCAUUCAUAAAACUGGAGUGGGUGUGGCUGCAGGAUAUUGACCAAUGAAUGCAGAUGUCGAAGACCUUUUCUGCUGCACUUCGUUUAUAUAAUAUAUUCCAUAUAAUGCUUGGCUACUGGAGUUGGUGUAUGCAUUUAACCCUUGUUAUGAACCAUGUUUAACAUGAGUGGUACUACGCAUUUGUAAGGAUGGAUGUUGGGUUGUUGCUUUCAGUAUCUUUUUUUUUAAUUUUUUUAUUUUUUUUUAGCUGUUUAGUAAACUGAUCUUCCUUGCUGACAUUUUUGUUUUCCACUGAGGAUAUGCUUCUGUUUUGACUUAGUAUCACAAUGUCUUAAUGGGGUUAGUGGACAUUUUAAACAUUCAAUUUUCUGUGUAAUUGUGUUAAAUGUAUAAAUAUUUUUAUUGCAAUUGGUUACUCAAUGUUUGUUUUGUUUUUUUUCUUCCUGUGCUUCUCUGAGAUGGAUAUGAGCCUCCAUGCCUCUUCCACCAGCAGUUCAAAACUAGUUAUUUAUUUUUUUAGGAUUGGUAUGGAGUAGUCUAAUUUCAGCCUGAGAUUUUUAUUUGACAUGCGUUACGGUGAAUGGCUGGCAGGACUCAAAUGGCUGUCACUGUUUGUGUUGGCAAUCUGGAUAUGAACUGUCUAAACAGGCUUAGAGACUAACCCCAUCUUGUUUGAACUGGAAGCAACCAUUUGAGUUCUUGAAUUGGUUGAUUACAAAACCUGUUCAUCUGCCACAAUAUGGGUUAAAAUAUUUUUGUGGCAGUCGGCCCAAUAUAUAGUUUGAAGUUGUUGAUACCUUAUGGUUUUUGUAGCACUACAAAUUAAUGGCCAUCUCUCGGAGUCUGAAAAACUAUGCACUUCCUGUAUAAAUAAAUGUAUAAAGUUCAGUAAGACUAGUUUAAUGGCUUUUUACAUCCUGUCCUGGUUUCCCCUUGCUAAUGUCAACAAUGGAGGAACCAUAAACCAUUUGUUUGGUCAAGAUACCUAAUGGCAACAUCUUAGGUUCAAUAUCUAAUGGGGUGGUCUUGCAUUAGUUUUGUGGCUAUGGAAGUGAAUCAUGGUACACCACAAAGACAUGAUCACAUUAUCUGACAUGAAGUCCACAUGUUUAAAGUUUAUAUUUCAGAAUUUGAGGUACUUCUUGGCUCGCUACACAAUCAGCACUUUUCUGGUGCCACUUAGAAUUGACAUGCUGAAGCACUACCAAAGAAAUUAUUUUAACCGUUUGCUUUUUUGAGAAUUGUCCUCGAUAGGUAGGAUUUUACACCAUUUGGCUAGAGUUGCAGCUCUCCAACUAGGAUGUUUGGUGAAAAUAGCUUUUUCUGUGAAUUGUUUUGAAGUGUGUACAGAUAAACAUUACAUUUUGAAUAACAAAUUAAGCAUACCAAUGCUCCUUAGAUGGCUUAUCUAACAGGACUGAUUUGACCGUGCCAUUUUAUUGUUUUUCCUUGUAAUAGUAAACAGAUAUUAGAACACUAUUAGGCCAAACUUUAAUAUUACAGCAUUAUUUUUAUUUUUCAAUACAACCAAUAAUUCUCUAGGUGUGUUGAUUACUGCCACCUCUUCCACAAGCAGCUUUGCUUGUAAAGGUCGCACUUUGCUAGAAGGAAUCGGUUAAGAAAAAUCAGGCAUGCACUGCCUAUCAAGCCAGUGGCCCUUUUACUUUUCUAUAAUUGCAUAUAUUUUUGCUAGAAACUAGUGCUUAACUGAAUAUUCAGCUGGGUGAGUCAAUGCAUGUGUAUUUAUAUUAAAAAGAAAACCAUUUCUUGACUUUAGAGUAGUGCUGUGUGUUUUUGUUAAUUUUUUUUUUCCCUCAGUCUCUUUGAUAAUUAAAUGUGUAUAGGUUUGUCCUCCGUUCCCUUUUUGCUGUUUUUUUGUUUUUUUUGUUUUUUUUUUUGUUUUGUCUUUUGGGAUGAGUGGGGACACUUGGUUGUUUUAGAAGUAGUCCCAUUGUUUUCCUGUAAAUGUUCUGUUUCGAGCUGUGUGCCGAGCCGUUCCCUUACUCCCCCAUCCCCCAGCUGCCUUUGGAACUUGCUGUUUUUCUCUCUCCUUCUGUGUACGUGCAGUCUGCAUUGACAAAGAGGGGGGAGGGUGCUUAUCUAGUGUAAACUUAGAGCUGGGGAAUUUGUAGUGACUUCUUCUGUACAUAUAAGGAGAGGGGGUUGUCUGUCCUUUGUAGGCCAUGUGAGUCAUGCUAUGGAUGGGUGUGACUUUAAAGAACACGUGAAUGAUUCACUUCAUAACAGCAUAUUUACAUUUUUUGAUUGUUUUGUAUAAUCCUACGCUUUGUCAUUUUUAAAGAUGUUUUGCAGAUCUGUGGUUUAAAAAUGUAAAUGUGUGUGUGAAUUUUCAAUCUGGAAAAUGCAGCUUUAGGUUUACGGUUUUGUGAAUGUUUAAAAGCAGCUGCAGGCGGAUGCAUUAUUUUUUUUUUUUUUUUUUAUAUAUAUAGAUUGCAGGGGAAGUAUGGCUUUGUGACCACAUACAUGAUGACUCUGUCCUUGCAACCUAUAGCACAAUGAUUUCAGUCACCAAAUAAUGGUGUGUAUCCGCUUGCCAGAGGUAAUUCUGCAGUUUGAAUAGAUCAUGCUGCUUUUUUAUCCACUUAGAGAAACUUAAAUCCCAGAGCAAUGUAAAGUGUGAGUCACAGUUGGCAGCCCUCCCUCCCCAUGUUUGUGGUGGUUGGUUUUCCACAUCCCUUAAUACAUCUGUAGUGUGACCCUAGCUUUAAUAGCCUUUAGGCUUGGUGACUGCGGUGUAUUGGGGUCUGUAGCUAUUUGUAUUUUGGCUGACAGUCUCUGGUGUCUGGUGUAAAGUGGCAGUUCAUCAUGAUGGCAUAUCCAACAUAUGACUACAUCACUUUCAGGGUAGGUAAUGCACCGACCUUUGUUUUCUGUAUUACACAAGAAAAUAUGAGCAUAUAAGACCUUUCUGUAGAAAUGUUUGGGUUAACACCAUAAUUGUUGCUGAGCAGUUGGUUGCUAGAAAGGUGCAUUUGUUGAACUCUUCCUUAUAUACACAUUGUUUUGAGGGAGAAUCAAUUAGUCUGGCAUAGAACCCUCUUUUGAUUCAUUUUUAAACUGAUUGAGUCUACAAACCAAUUGAAAGUAGGUUUCAAUUGUGGAUGAAUCGAUUCAUCAGGCAAAUCGAUUUUGUUUAAGGAAGAGCUCCACACAUGUAUGUCUUGCAUUUUGUCUAGGAAGUGGCUCGAUGCUUUACGUUUUAGCUUUGGGUUCAUAUCAUUGACACACUUGUGUCCAGUACGUUAUUUUGUUGUUGUUGUUUUUGAAUAAUCCUAUCAUAGCAAGGCAAGUGUCUGUCAUUUUCAUAUCAACAGCUGGUUUUAUUUAUUUUUGCUUAAAACCAAAUGUUUUGGUGAUUUGAAAAUAUCCUUUGCUGGACAUACUUCUGUAACUUUCAAUAUGUAUGGAUUUCUCCUGAUGACACAUUUUCUUUAAGCAAGAUAUAUGUGGUGCAAAAGUCAGAGCAAAAAUGAAAUGUUUUUAUUUGUGUAGUGAGGUAUCUUUCUUGUUAAGUAAUAAUGAUUCAUUGAAACAUUGCACAUUUACAGUGAUAUACUCCUCCCUCCAACCAAUGCCUUUCUUUCAUUUUCAGCUUUGUUCUGAUUGGGUGGCUGAGCCAGAGGAGCUGACGUUAGACUUGUCAUACAGGUCUAUUGAUAAACAGCCAGCAUGUGUAUAGAUACAUACACAACACUAUUUUAUGCUAAUGUAGGGGUUAACAUUUAGUAGUUGAAAACCCAUUUCCAGCCAUUUCACACAUCUUAUCACAGGAACAGCUGUGAUUUUUUUUUUUUUUUUUUUCUCUGUCCUUUUUGAGUGUAAGUUGAAUGUCACUGUAUUUCCCCACGGUCCCCACCUGUAUAAUUGCACGCUAUAAAAUGAGUGUUGUAAAAAGCCUUUGUACUUCUGAAGGAAAGUAUCUAAGAGGAUUAAUCUGGCAGCUGUGUGCUUGAGUAGAUUGGGGUGUGGAGAAGCAAUUGUGUUGUGGAAAUAACACACUGGACAAAUGAACACUGAGAAAUUGUUUAUUUUAAAGGGAUACUUUCAUACAUGCGAAGGUAGAGCUGUGUAAUGUCUGCAAAUAUCUUUAUUCUUCAUCUAGCUCUGGCAAACUCCUAACACUUGAUGUAAAAUGGUUUCCCAAAGCAUUUUGACAGACGCAAACCACGUGAUUUGCUUAAGUGAAGAUUGAUCCUAUGUGCAGCAGGACAGACCUUAAACAGGGAAUAAUACAUCAAUUCCUAUUGUCCACCUAGAAAGACCAGCUUUAAUGUGUAGGGUUUGCUCUAUAAUCAUAUCGGAGCAUAUUAAACCUCCCCUGAUAAUUUAAAAUGAAAGUAUGCUCAUAUUAAAGGUAACAUUGUAGGCUUGGUGUUUACUCAUUUUUCUGUAGGUGUGCUGUUUUCCCUGUUUAAAAGAACUGCAUGUUGACUCCUAGAUUUAAAAAAACAAAACAAAGAGCGAGCACCUGUACUGUGAAAAAUGAUCAUAUUGAAUCUCCCCAAUAUCUAGUGUUAUAAAACUAGUUGUAGUUAAUGGUGUAUGUACACAUACAGGAACAAAACCUGAAACUGGUUAUAUUAAACUUACACUGUAAAUACUUAGUUUCAGGUUUUGUUCCUGUAUGUGUACAUACACCAUUAACUACAACUAGUUUUAACUACAACUAGUUUUAUAGCACUAGAUAUUGGGUCUCUAUGUAUUCAAUAUUAUAAUUUUUCCUUUAAAUAUGGUUUAUAACUGGUGGUUAUGCCAGUCCUAAUGCUGGACUUAACUUGUUCAGAGACCCACUGGUGUACAUCUUGUUUUGGAGUGUUAUAUCAGUAUUUUAUACGUGCCUAAAAUUUAAAGUGCCCUUAAAAUAUCCAUGUGGCAGCUGGAUAUUGCUUCGCUUAUUAUGUGAAGUAUAUGCUAAAGGAGUACUCUAAGAAUCCUAAAUCUACUGCCUGCUUCAGUAAUCAUGGGAUCAGACAUCUCCUUGAUUACCUCAAAGUGUUUUUGGACAAUGUGAAAUUUAUCUUGGUCCAUCUGAGCACCCAUGUUGAAUUCUGGUCUUCACGGUGUGGCUAAAGUGGACAUUCGGACUCUGCUUUAGUAAUAUCCUUCUAGUACAUCUCUUUUUGGAUAAUUUAAUUUAGUUCUGUCAGCUCAUUCUCUGGCUGAGCGCAUCCGCUACCACUCUCAGCCUGUGAAAGAACUAACAUGAAGGACCACAAGUCACCCAGAACACUUCAUCACAAUAAAGUGGUCUGUUCGCAUUGCCCCUUUUAAUUUUUAAUCUUGAUUUGUGGAAAUGGCAAUGUGUACUUUGCAUGGUUAAAUACACCUAGGCUGUAUUCCUGGCUGCUACUAGAGGUGCUUCCUCCUCCUGAUAGCAGUGUUAGAUAAGAGUAGUGCAUUAUUUGUCCACUCAUGCCUAAUUGCAAUUUAUUGCGAGUGAUGUAAGCUUGGAUGCUGACCUCGGAGAUUGCAGCGGAGGGGUCUUGGCCCUGGAAAAUAGGCUUUUAUUUUACAUCAUUUAAAGAUGUAUUCACAGCACCAUAACCACUGCAUAUCAAUGUAGUGGGUUUUGUGCAUAGGCAUUGUCCUUGUGACAAAUUUAAGCAUUGUGUUUCUGGCAGUAUACCGCUUUCUGGUGAAGGCUUUCAUGUUAUGAUGCUCAUAGAGCAGCAUUCAGUUGGUACAGAAUAGCAAGGUAGAGCCCCUAUUCUUCUUUGAGUAAAAUUUGUAUUGGCAGAGAACCUCCCCACUGAUCUCACUGUCCAGAGAUGCUGCAGCAAGACCCAUUGGUUGCUCUUUUAUUUUUCAGAUUUGUGUGGAGUAUGAAGAUGAACCUUGGGAGAAGAGACAAUGGAUCAAGCUUUACGGAAACAAGGUUCAGAUGUUUUUGGUUGAGCACAGCUUGGGAGUGGCUGAUCGGAUAUGCCCCAGUAACCCACGUAUAUCUGUUCAGUGCCCUGCAAUGGUAAAUAUACCUUCUUUUAUUUAUCUCUACUUUAACUAUUACUUUUCUUUUUUCUGGCGUGUAUGAAUGUUGUCUAUAGCUGUAAGAGUUGAUUGUUGCGUAAUCAUUCCCCGUGGUACAUUGGCUGUUCUGUUAGUCAUCCAAUUGAACAUUCAGAAGCUUUCUGUUGUGCUUUGUACAUCUCAGAAUAACACUCACUAGGGCACAGAUCCUUAUUUUUUAUUUUGUUUGUUUUCAUGCAUGCUUCCACAGCCCUAUUUAAUGUGAUUUUUUUUUUAAUUUUACUAGAUUUGUCUACAUUUGAACAAUUGUUGCACCAGCUACAUAGUUGGAACUUUCAUCUAUCUGUAUGCUUGGGAAGGUUAGACUAUGGCAGGCAUAUGUGUACUUUUCUAGAGGGGGGGGGGGGAGAAACUAUUAGUUAGUCCUACUUCUCGGCUAGACGGUUACUGUUGUGUGUUUGUGGAAAGUCAUCGGCUAGUUGAUGAUAAUUCUGGUUGAGAACCUUUUGACUGCAGUAUAAAGUGCAUCUUGUAAUUGGUUGGCCGUAUAUAAAUGCCAAUAAAAAAAUAUCCAUUCACUGCGAAUGUUUCAUGUCCUGGACCAUGGUAACUCAUAGCUACCAUUGUUACAUAUAGUUUAGUACUUGUUAGAUAAAGUUAUUAAUAAUGUGGCUGUUAGAAUUUUGGUUGGCAAAUAUUUACUUGUUUUAUAACAAAUGACUAGCCUGCUCCAUUCCUCCUCCCAGCUGUAAAUUUCAUUUUAAGUAACUCUUUUAUCUCUUUCUUAGCCUCAAAUAAUCGGCCAUCCCUGCAACAAGGCCCUUUAAUUUUACUUGGCUCUGCCUACCCUGGUUCCUUCUAACUAUAUAGCAUGCUCUUCACCUCCCUAUUACCUUCACAUGUUAUCAGCUGCUGCAGUUAUACUAUUAACUCUCACUGCUACCUCUUGUCUCAUCUCCCUUUUUAACCUUUAGAUUGUAAGCUCACGGGCAGGGUACUCUACCUGUUGUAUCGGUCUGUUCUUAUUGUGUUGUCUUUCCCAAUUGUACAGCACUGCGGAAUAUGUUGGCGCUUUAUAAAUGCUAGUAAUAAAAUUACAAAAUUCCUUUGAAUAUUCUGACCAACAUUUUCUCCUUGCAUCGUCUGUGUAUUGAACCACUAUCCUCCCUAAUAACUGGGUCAGAGAAGGGCAGUAAAUAACACUCUGCAAUUAAGCAAAGAAUUGGUUGCCGAGAGUAUUUUGUUAAUGUUUGUAUUUGUCUUUUUAUUUUUUAAACAGACCUAUAAAGGUUUGGUGAGCAAAAUCCCUAUGGAUUCAAUCACAUGUCUACAGUUCUUGGGGGAUAAAACCAAGCUGUUCCUGGAUAAUAACCUUGUGAUGCCUGUGCGGGUAAGAGUCUUUAUCUUUGAUUGCAAGUGUGUAGUAUUUUAUGUGGUGAAUGCAGCACUUAAUUUAAACUUUUUUGUUGUCUGAUGACCAUCUAGAGCUGAGGUGGCUGACUAUGGGUCAUCAAAGAAAUCCAGAUGGCUGCCUACUAACUAGCCCUGUUGAUGAAUGAGGACAGCUUACAUCAGAGCUCAAAGUUUCCAUUUGCCACUAGCAAUUGAUGAGCGUGCAAUGGACCCUCCAGACUUACUCUCUAGGGCAGGGGUCAGCCACCUAUGGCAUUCGGGGUUACCAUAGCCAAACAGGGACGGCCUAUCAGGAGUCCUUAGUGCAUACCGAGUGGUGAUUGCAGAUGGUGAAGGGCAAUCCACAAUUUACGCAUUGCAGCAUUUGGAGAAAGUGAUCUCCGAUCACUAUAUCCCAGCACUGCUGAACGAAACACCCCACUGGAGUAGAGCAACCCGCAGCAGCUAUUGCAACUCCUGCCCUUCACCUGUUCCUGGCUAGCCUCAUCCCUACUGAGACCCAGGGAAGUCACCCUCACUAAAAGAUAAACAUAGAGCUGCAGAAUAAUCCUCCCACUUAUGCAAAUAAUAGAACAAUUCCACGAGCAGCCCCCAUACACACCCCAUGUUCAUAUGUAUCAUACACAAUGACACAAACUACUCACGAACGUAUUCUAUACAAUAUAAUAGGCACAUAUACAAUGCUACAAAGCAAGUGCAGCACCCACAAAUAACAUGGGCAGAAUACGGCAACAUAAACUCAAUUUAAAAAAAAUAAAUAGUGCCGGCAAGCAAACAGACUUUAAAAUCUCCAUGUGGCACAGUACUACUAAUAGGUUGUCUACCCCUGCUCUAGAUCUAGUCACGUUUAAGGCCUGGCUGUCUACAUUUUAAGCCCUGGCUGACAUCAAGUAUCAUUAAUGUUGGUUGUAGCUUGAGAGGAUAACUUGGUUUGAAAAACAAAAGGGGUCUUGUUAAGAAUUGUUAUUUUUUCUGCUGUUCUCUAAUAGGAUCGAGAGACUCUUAAGGAGUUCAUGCAGGCAAAUCGGAGUUUUCAUAAAGAAUUUCAGGAACUGAUAAGAAAGAAUGUGGAUGAAAGCCGUAUAUUGCAAGGUAAUCCCUAUUCACCAUGAAUAUGUUUUUGUAUUUAUAGAUAGUUUAGGUUAUAUGACCAUUUUUAUAUGUUGCAUUUGACUUGAACAAAAUUUAUAUUUUUUAAAUAAACUAAAUAAUCCACUGUCUUCUGAGAGGAUAACUUGCCAGUAAAAUUUAGAAAGCGUGCAAUAUUAAUGAUGAAUAAUGCUAAAUGAAUCUCCAUAAGUAAUCAAGCAAAUAAGACAACAAUUUAAAUUAUUAAAGAGAGAGCUAGAGCUUGCACGAGUUCCAAAUAUUGCACUCUGUGUGGUCUCAAGACCAAGAGGUUGCAUUACUUUGGAUUUACUUGAUGUGUGAUUUUAAACCUCAGAUGAAUGUCAUAGAGAUAGAUACUUAUUGCAACAGGCAAGAAGAGUAUUUUAGAAGGUUGAAUUUACAUAUUCAGACUUUAAAAAAUAAUUAACAGUGGAAGUAAAACUUUAUAAUUUAUUUUCUUUUAACUGCUUGGUCAUAGUUAACCAUUUACAUUUUGGAGAUUUGAUCAAAAUACCACAAAGGAGAAAGCUGCAUGACACACACUUUCCACACAGUGUAGUUCAUAGUUCUCUCAAUUCUAUUUUAUGCUUAAUACCAUUUUAGUGUGCUGACAGGAAGUUAUUUUUGGUAAUAAUUAUUUUAUUUUUGCCUUAAAGGUGCAAAAAAUUUAGUUGGAACAUCCAUAAAGGUUUAUAGCAUGGAUCCCAGUAUGCAGUGGUUUUCAGCAGUUGUACUUAAUGCCAGCACUAAUACACGGACCUUGGAGAUUAAAUGCGAACAGGUAAAUAUUUUGUGUUCUGUUUGUUUUUGAUUUUCAUUUUGUUUAAUUGUAAUGUUUUGUGCCACUUUACCUACCUAUUGGUUCAUCUGUAAGUCUGAAGACAUGGAUCACCAAGUCUUAAUUUAAGAAGGCAAAGUGUCAGUUGUUUUAUGACCCGAUGUUGAGCCAAUUAUUUUAAAUAUAUUUUGUCUUUUGAAUUUAUAAUAUGCAAUCCUUUUUAUUCCCUUUUUAGCUUCCAUCUUUAAGAAUUAUUGACCCAGCACUGAUACAUGUUGAACUGGUACAUAACUACUGUGAUAAAAAUGGUACGGUAUGGGUUUAUAGGCUAGUUGUAGGGGAUUGUUUUGUUUUGUUAUAGCUCAACUAUUUUUAUUUUUCAGUAAAGGCCAGAAAAACUCAACCUCAAAAAAGAGUUCUCCCAGAAAAUACAGAACCAGUAGCUAAGCAAGUUCGAGUGGAAGAGGUAUGGUUCAACCCAAAAAAUUGCAGUGUUUUGCCUUGUGGUUCUUUAGGUUUUCAAAUUUAAUCUAUUGCAAUUUUCUUUUAAUUGUCAAAAUGUUAAAAACAAACAAAAAACAUAAUGUGUGUUUGUUAUACUUGGGAGAUGUGAUAUUAUUGGAGAGCUUCAUUGGAUUUCAGAGGUUGUUUGCGAAUACUGCAGUAGUUUGUGGUGUUGGGGCAGAUGUCACUUUUUUUGUUUUAUUGGAUCACUAUUGUAACUUUGUAAUUUUAUAAAUAUUUUUUGAUAUCACAAAGGAUAAUUCUCAGAAAACAAACUUCCUCACCUAUUCAAGAGAUGAUGGGAAAACACUAGUGGUGGUUGACAAUCCAAAAUCGUCAGGGACUCUAGCAAGCUUAAUACGAAAACCAAAUACGUCAAUAGUAAGUAAAACAGUGGUUUGUUUGCUUGAAUUUUUUUUUUUUUUUUAUAUCCUUCUGGAGAUAGCACUGUGUACAUAGUCAAAUAAGAGACAUAUUUGUUAAUGUAUAAUUCGUUAUUUCAUUUAGUGCUUGUUUAAAAAAAGUGCCUCUUCCUCUUCUAUAAAACUACUUGCUGUAGAAAGGUAAAAAAAUCAAUAUAUCCAACUUCUGCCUGUAAGCUUUGCAAUGAGUGUGUGGCAUCUAUAAUGCAUAGGGUAUAAGUUUAUAUUUAUUUAGGCAUAGUGUUUAAUCUGUUGGCUACUCUGGUAGUGUUUUCUAAAUUAAUUAUUGGUGUAUAUACUGAAAGUGGACAAUUCUAUUCCAUAGUUUUGGAAAGAGCCAAGGGAAUGCUUUGAUGUAAAUGUUUGAUACAAAGUCAAUUUAACUGAUUUGUGCUAAUAAUCUAUAAACACUUUGUUGGGUUACACUAAGCACACUAAUUACCCUGAAACAUAGGACGCCAAAUAGUAAAUAAGGUAAAGAUAAAAUCCUCAAAGGCUGUUUCCACAUUAUCCAGGUUUGCGCCAAUAUUACCCAAUGUUUGUGUGCUAUACUCUUAUGGAAUAUCUUCUCUUCAAUAUGCUUCCCUUAGUGUCUGGCAUCUGCAGCAUUGCCUUCUCUUUUUAUUUAUUUAUUUAUUUUUGGCUUAAAUUUAUUUUUUUUCUAAUAAUUACAUUUAUUUUAUUGCAGAUGGGGUCCAGUCUUUUCCCCAAGCAGUCAGUCCCAAUGGGUCUUGGAGAAGCAUUACUGGGCUGCACUGCCACCACUCCUACCAGCCAUAACGUGACAUCACGGGCUACUCCUCCCCAGGCAAAUUCCCCGCCAAGCUUUGGUGCUGAAACUCCUCAAGUGUAAGUCUUUCAUUAGUCUUGCAUUCAGUGUGGUAUAAAAUGAUUGUGUGCCGGAUAGUUGAUAAGUAAUGUUCCAAGGGCCUCUGCACAUGUACAGCUUGUAGAUGAAAUGUGGCUUUCAUGAACCGGUUAUAGUAAUGGCCACAUAUUUUGAUGCUGGCUCUAGAACAUGUUGGGACAAUUUUACCCUUUUUAGGAUAAAGGCAGUAAGUGCACCACAAUAUGUAGAAUUUAAGUUGGGGCACAAAUGGAAUAAAUUACCAUGUUUUAAUCGAUAUAGAUAAGUUACUAACUGUUUUCCCCUCUUCAUUCUGAUUGCAGUAAAUGUAAUCAAAAUUUACCCGGAGAGAAUUUGAUGCUUAAUGGUGUGAAUGUGAAGAAAGAAGAGAAUAACUUGUUUCUAAGUGCUGCAUUGUCCCAAGCCAAUAAGAGUGGCCUUGGUGUGGCAGGUUCAAGUUUUCAGUCAUGGUCUGGCCAGAAAAAAGGCAUAAAAUCUGAGAAUCUGUUUGAAGCCUUUACCAAGCCUUCCACUGUGUUCCCAAAGGGCUUUGAGUUUUCAGUGGAGCGGUUCUCUGGGAAAAAUACACUUUCUGUAUCAGAUUCAUCAGGAAAUGGUACAUCGGACACUUCAAAUGUCUUAAGUAUGGAGCCACCUUCAAAUGAUGUGAAACCGGUUGUUGUUAAAGGGCUAAACCACAAGGAACUUAUCAGUGCAAAGCCAAAAGUGGAAGGGGCAUAUGCAAGGAGCCCAACGAAAAUUGACGGUGGAGGUAUGUAUACAUCUGCUAACUACCAGGGUAUUGAACUUCCUGAUAGGGUUUUGGAACUCUUUAUGCCACGGGUAUAUGUAGAAAUAUUACUUGUGACUUGAAUUAUUUUAUUGUUGGUUAAUGGCAGCUAAUUAUAUAUACCAAUGUUAAAUGUUUGGACCGCACAAUAUCUACUUAAAAAUGGAUGCUUAAUGGUCCAUAUUCUAUUGAGAGCUCUUCCAGUUGAUUAUGAUUUAUCUACAAGAGCCAUGCCUGACUCAUGCAACAGAAUUUACACUUGGUAGUACAGAGCUAUAAAAUAAAGGGUAUACACAGAAUAAAUAUCUUAAGAAGGUCUUGGCCUCUUUGAAUCUGUCUCUUGUGUAGCUAAUCCUGUAAUUUUGAUUUCUUCUCUAGUAACGUAUCCCAGAUCUGUGUUGUUGGACCCACAGAAGUUGAGAAGAUUACAGCAAAGUGGUGAUUGUUUUGUUCAGGAUGGUUCCUGCCAUAACAUUGCACCGCAUCUUCACAAAUGCAGAGAAUGUCGCUUAGACCGAUUUGGGCGAAGCAAGGAGCAGCGGGAUGCAGCCGUGUUCUGUAGAUUCUUCCACUUCCGAAGGUGAGCCAGCCAGUCCAGUAAAAAAUCUGGAUAACUCUGUUCAUUAUUAUGUAGAGUUGUGUGUAUGCUAUUGGAUUUUUAGACUGUGCCACAAUAACUGGUGUGUUUUCUUUCAAGGCUGCACUUCAACAAACAUGGAAUACUACGAGAAGGAGGUUUCUUAACACCUAAUAAAUUUGAUAUUGAUGCAAUAAACCUGUGGCUUCCGAUACCGAGCAAUGUGGUGGGUCUUGACUUGGAUACUGCAAAAUACAUCCUUGCAAACAUUGGGGACCACUUUUGCAAACUUGUAAUCUCUGAGAAAGAAGUCAUGGCAACUAUAGACCCACAAAGUAAGAUGUUGCUUAUGCUGUGUUUGCAUUCCAUUUUGUCCAAAAUGUUUUCAGUUCUAUUCUGUAUUGUACUAAGUCUUGGGUCCUUGGGCUGUGCAAUAUACAUUAGACAAAGCUCAUGAAUUCACAUGGGUUACUAGUUACUGGUUAGUAUUUAUAGAGUGAAAGUAGAUCAUACCACUUGAUUUACAAUUCUCUUAAUCUUCAAACUUUCCUUUGUUUAGUUUUUAUCUACUUUCGCAUUCUAACGGCUUGAUUUUCUUAUUGUGAAAACCUUAUAGAAUCUUUGUUUUUAUUUUUAGAACAGGUAGCUUGGAAGAGAGCAGUGCGUGGGGUACGUGAAAUGUGUGAUGUUUGUGACACAACCAUUUUCAACAUCCAUUGGGUUUGUCCCAAGUGUGGCUUUGGAGUCUGUGUAGAUUGUUUCCGAAUGAAAUGCAAGAGUCAACUUACAGGUAACGAAUCCAGAACACUCGCCUAACACUAUUUCAUAGGUGAAAGACUUGGAAAUUGGCAAGGGGCAUGCUUUCCUUAUUUUUUAUUUUUUUAUUUAUUUAUUUUUAGACGAGGAUGGCAGUGAAGGUUUCUCAUGGUUGAAAUGUGUUAAAGGCCAGUUACAUGAACCGGACAAUUUAAUGCCAACGCAGAUUAUUCCAGGCAAAGGUAAUUUGUCUUUACACCUUAUGAUUUGUGUUUAACGCCCAUGCUUCUUCUUGGUUGCACAUAACAGUCUUUAUCUCACAGCUCUUUACGAUGUCGGGGAUAUUGUACAUGCUGUCCGUGGCAAGUGGGGAAUCAAGUCAAAUUGUCAGUGUUCCAGCAAGCUACAGAAGCCAUUAGUAAAACCAGUUGUCAAGGAAGACCUCAAACCGGUAUAUAUUUAAUGAUAUUCUAUGCAUUUUUAGGAAUAUCUAUAAAUAGGCCACAUUGAUUCCAAAUGGUGGUUGGUGUUCUAAAAUAGAGGGUAGAACCAUACAGUUUGCACUCAUGAUCUUUUUGUGUAAAUGUUUUUUACUUUUUUUUUGUCUUCUAACCUUUCUUCACAAGACAAAGAGAUUUAUAAUUUAAAAUAAAAAUAAUAAUUUGGGUGUGCCUAGGCUGGCCCUGUAACCUGUCUUCUCUAUUAGUCUGCCAGUAUAAGAGUUAUGGGUGUCAUCACAGUAUUUCAAUGAAUUUUCCUUUUACAGAGCUCCCCCUUACCAGCUGAACCCACAAAUGGAAACCUUACUGAGCCUGAGAAGAGCGCUACACCAGAGCCUGUACCUGCUUGCAUUAAACCGCCUGCACCUCCAGUUCUGGGGCCAUUAAGUUGGUUGACCAGUCUCCCACAUGGAUCAGUGAACAAGGAAAAUAAAGGUAUUGGUUGUUUAUUUUUUGGUUGCUAGAAGGCAGUGCUAGCUACUGUUCCAUAGUACUUUAUUGCCAUUAUGGGUUACUUUCACAUUUAUUUAUUUUUUACAUAGAAAUGCUUUACACAACUAUUGGUAAACACAUUGCCUCCCAACACAGACUAAAAUGUAUCACCUUUCGAUUGGUAUAUUACUUGGAAUCAAUGCCUUUGUAAUAUUAGUGGAGGUUUAGCUAAGCAAUGAGUGUUUUUGUUUUUUUUUAGCUUGUGUAAAUAUGCACUCAACACUUUUUUAAAAAAAAAAUGUUUUUUUAAAUUUUAAUAUUUCAAUUUACAGAUAAACCCUUGUCGUCCUCAUUUAAAACAGAGUCUAAAACACUACCAUCCUUUUCCACAUUUGGAAAGCCUGUAUCUGCUCUACAGUCAUUCAGUAGCUCCAUUCUGACACCAAUGAGUAGUAAUAACUCCGGCUUCUUGCGAAACCUGCUCAACUCCUCCAGUGUGAAGGUGAGUACCUCCAAAAUGCAGUAUUCUUUGUCAUGUACCAAUUAAACAUCUCAUCUGUUGAGUUUGGGAGUUUCUGUUUAUGGUCACUUUUGUAUUUGUUUUAUUUUUAUUUUUUUACAUUGGUGUUUGUUGCCAAAGGACACCUGUAACAAUUUUUGAAGACCUAGUAUAUCUGUUAAUUCUCCCCCCCCUCUUUAUUUAUUUUUUUCGUCAUUAAAAUAUGUGUAAUAUGCCAGUUAGUUAUGCUUAGAGGUUGGGGAUACAAUAAUUUGAUAGUCUUCUUUUAAAUUCUAUUGUAGUUCUUUCUCCCUAUAUUCAUUUACAUCUGUAACUUAUUUUCAGCAAGAGACUAGCGAGAAGAGCACUCCUAAGCUCUUGGAUGACAUCUUUGCUUCAUUAGUACAAUCUAAACCUGUGAGUGAUGCUGCCAGAAAGCCACAGGUACUCCCAAUCCAGCCAAGUCUCAUGGGAUUUAAUACACCGCACUACUGGCUAUGUGAUAACAGAUUGCUUUGCCUGCAAGAUGCCAGCAAUAAGAGCAACUGGAAUGUGUUCAGGGAAUGCUGGAAGCAGGGUCAGGUAAAUACCAAUAGGUGUAUUUGUGGUGUGUGUCUGUUUUUUGGUUUGUUUGGUUUUCUCCAUCUGCUCUCAGCAUUUUACAUUGGUAUUUCACUUACAUAAAUGAGAUUAUUUAUUUUUUUCAUCAUUUUUCCUUAAGCCUGUUAUGGUAUCUGGAGUGCACCAUAAAUUGAACACUGACAUCUGGAGGCCAGAAUCCUUUAGGAGAGAGUUUGGUGACCAAGAAGUUGAUUUGGUGAAUUGUAGGACUAAUGACAUUAUCACAGGAGCCACUGUUGGUGAAUUCUGGGAUGGCUUUGAAGAUAUUUCAGGUGUGUAGCAUUUAAUGCAGCGAAUGUUUACUUUUUAUUUUUUACAUGCAUUGUACAAAAUGAAUGCAUUACAUAGAGGUGUACCUCACUUUACAGCUCUAAAAAUGUACAAAAUACAGUAUUCAUUCAGUACUGUACAGUAUGUAUUUUCAGUGCCUGCAUUGUCAAUGUUUGGCACACACAUCAGCUAUCUCUAAGCUGAAUACAGUUACACUGCGGUGUUAUAAUGGCUUAAAGAUAUUAGACAGUAGGCACAAGUAAAUGUAUGUGGCUGCCAUUAUGGCGUUGGUCUUGAACCUAUGGUAUGCCUGUUUUGUGUUUUAACUAUAUGUGCUCUGUCAUAGCGGAUGGUUUUGUACUUGUGGUUUUUUUACGGUUUUAUCAGUGGUCCCUUCUAUGGAAGUUACAGGGCAUAUCUAAAUGUCUGCAUGUGACUAAUGCCCUGGCAUAGCACUAAGUGAAAGAAUAGAAGUCUCUGGAGACUUUAUUUAGCAGCAAAUAUGCAUGGAACGGAGGUCGGUCCCAGGUAUACUCUCAGCGUCUCAGGAACAUUUUAUACAUGGAAAGUCCUUUUUUAAAUUGUACUUUCUCUUAUUGACAUUAUUUAAAUUGUCUUUAUAGAUUUCUGACUCCGUUACAGUUGGUUACAAAUUUGUCACUAGUUGCACUGCCAUUACAUGUACUUUGUAGAACUGUGUUCAUUUUUAUUCCUUUAUUUUUGUAGAGAUAUAUAGAUAUAAAUCUCUAUCUCUACAAAAAUAAAUAUACAUUUAUUUAUUUUUUGGGGAGGCGGAGCUGACAGCCAAGCUGACUGGUCGCACUCUUUGAUAGCUCCGUAACUUCAAGCACAAAAAUCGCCAAAAAGACGACUUUUACCCCCAAAUUGUGAGACAAGCUGAGCUCCCCUGACUCAAACUUGAUGGGCAGGAAAAAUAAAAAAACAAAAGCCAUAACAGCUCCAGCGUGGCGUGAGCGUUGGAGAUCUCUGGCGGGCGAGCUCAUGGCUCUCUGGAACCCAAUAUGGCUGCCUACGUUGACUACUUCGAUGAAUCAGACGAGCAAAUCUCGGACACAGAGGGCACCCGCCUACCUUUGGCAAUGGUCCCAACGCAAACCAAGCCGCAACUGGUCUCCACCCCGGUCACGAAGGUGGUCAGGCAGGAAAUACUGGCGGACCUCAGGCAAAACAUCCAGGCAGACGUGGCUGAUAUCCGUAAAGAUAUCCAAGGCUUGACAGGCCGCAUGGGGACCUUAGAGCGGAACUCCUGCCGCCACACACAGCAAGUCACUCUGCUACAAAAGGACUUAAAGACGCUGCAACAACAACACCUAGUAAUUGAACAAAAGAUGGCAGCGUUGGAGGACUCGAGCCGCGCUCAAAACCUCAAGAUACGAGGUAUAGCAGACUCUGUUCCAGACACGGUACUACUUCACCUCCUGAGGUGCCUGGUGAGCGCGAUACUCCCACCCAAGCAGGCUAAAAGGGUGAGCCUCGACGGCAUGUUCAUAAUCCCCAAGUCAGCUGCAGCAGCAGCAGCAACAAGGGACUUAAUCGUACGAUUUCAGAGGAGACAGGACAAGGAUGCAGUUGUGGCCGCAACCAGGAACAACUCACUGUAUGUCUUUGAGGGCAUGGCCCUUACAUUCUACACGGACUUAUCCAGGGGACUUAUCCAGGGGAACCAUGGCCUGGCGAGCAUCCCUCAAACCCUUUACAUCCCUACUCCUCUCACAUAAAUGGCGCUCAUCCCAUAAGCUACAUACACCAUUGCGGAUUUGCGAGAGGCAACAACGCACCUGGCAAACCUGGGGCUCCCACAAGACUCUUUACAAAGGCCCUGCUCUGCUUCCAAACCCCACAAGUGGAACCCGGCAACAUCCGAGACAUUUGUUCCCCGAGGGCCCACCCUUGCAGCAUAUGUGAAGGCUACUACCUGAACCCUCCUUGUGGGAACACGGGGCCAGAUCACCCAUAUCACCCAUAUCUACAAAUACUAUAGGUUUAUUAUUUGAUUGUUACUUAUACUUUGUUUGCACCCUUUUAUAGAGGCACCCACCGACAACAUAAGAUGUGCCAAUUGGCAACACAAGGCCACCCCAACACCAACAGGCUCCCAGGUUGCGGAGCCCUUUCCGUUUUAAGGACACCGGCUCCUGCCGCUCUGAGUACACUUUGCACGGGCAUGACACAUACUCAUACAGAGUACCGCUAACCCUGACUUUGUCCUGCCUAGACUUAUUAAGUUUGUUUCUUACUUGCUUAUCUAUUUUGGCUUAAGUUUAUUUUAUAAUACACGGCACUCAUGACCCCCAGGGUUGUCAGCCCACCACUAAUGGGCAUUGGCUGAGCAACCCCACACCAAAUCUGUUAUCACAUCAUGCCCCAUGUCUGACAUGGUAUAAGGCAAUUAACCUCCUGGCAUAAUCUCUCUCCCCCUAAACGCCUCCCAAUACAGAAGCAGCCUCAAGCUUAUCUAAAAUCAUAUCUGCCUAAUUUUACCCCACCAGUUAAACCUGCCCUUUGAAUGGCUCACGGUCACCUUAAUACACACCCUUCUGAUCCACCUUAAAGGCAGUGCAACUACAUAGGCCAUGUUAACCUCCUUAGCAGAUGAUCCCCUGCUGCCGAAGUACUAUAUUAGCUUGUAGAAGGCGUACAAAGCAACCCCUCAUCUCAAGAUAUAUAUUUCCACAUGCCCUUACUAACACCACCCAACGGCCACUUAGCCACAGCAACCGUUACAGUAUAACAUGAUACAUGAAGCUCUGCUUUGUGCCCAAACCAAUGUCGGACCACAUAGUGUGUUUUAACCAUUCUGUUCUCUCAUUACCUGACAUUACUAGUAUUAGCCUGUUUAAUACCUAAAAAUGUGCCGUUUGGUUAUAUGCCACAGUCUUUUGCUUAUAAUUACUAUUGUGGUAUGCAACGCUUGCCUGUCAAACCUUUCCACAACAAAAAUAAAGAAUAAUAAUAAAAAUUUAUAUAUUAGUUUUCCCAUUUUUUGUUUUGAUUAGUAUGUCUCUUUAAUAUAUUGGCAUACUAGUAGUACCUUUAAAAAAAACAAAAAACAAAAAAAAACAACAUUUUCUUAAAUCAUUAAAGUAAUCUGUAACCCAAUCUAGGACAGUCUCCACACUGAAGUUUAAUUCUCCCUCCCCUCCCCCUGUGAUCUUGCUGAAAUCAAAACUACUUUUAUCCAAUCAAAUGCUUUCCAUAGGGAAGAACUGCAAAUACUGUACAUGCAUGACAAACGCCACAAUACACACAAUCUUUUUCUUUUUGAGAAAACUUGAGACCAGGUUCUGCUAGGCUGUAGGGACAUAUGUGUCCCAAAAUUCAUUAAGAUGGAAUGAUUUGGGUGCUUAGUGUUCUCUUGUAUUUGAAGUUCACUCUCAAUGAAACAGAUGAUUUGUAAAAGGUGUGGUUUUUUUUGUUUUUUUAUUUAUUUUUUUUUUUAUUUUGUUCAGCUCGCCUUAAAACCAGUGAGGGGGAAGCAAUGGUGCUGAAAUUGAAAGACUGGCCUCCGGGUGAAGAUUUUAGAGAUAUGAUGCCAUCACGGUAUGUGAUUCUAAUUAAAAUGGUUAAAUGUUCAGAAAACAUUAGCUAAAAAAAUUAAUUGUGCAUAUAACUUCUUGUAAAUUAAACUCUUUCCUUCCACAGGUUUGAUGAUCUCAUGAAUAACAUACCACUACCUGAAUAUACUAGGAGAGAAGGCCGGCUGAACCUCGCUUCCAGACUUCCAUCAUACUUUGUACGGCCUGAUUUAGGACCUAAAAUGUACAAUGCUUAUGGUAAGCGCAUUCUGACAACCCCUCCCAUUUUUUAAAUUUUGAGUGUACUUUAUUAAUAUUGGUGUUGAAUGCAUUUUUUUUUUUACCUCUGUCUAUGACUAUCUUUAACAGGAUUAAUAACUCCUGAGGAUCGUAAAUAUGGGACAACAAACCUUCACUUAGAUGUGUCCGACGCAGCUAAUGUGAUGGUGUAUGUGGGAAUCCCGAAAGGACAGAAUGACGAGGAACAGGGUAUGUCUACACUGGAGUGCUUUUGCAUGUGUGUGAAUUGCAGAUGCUCGGUAUUAACGAACAUUAAAUAUCCUUUGUAUCUUGUAUUGCAAUAGAAGUGCUCAAGACCAUACAAGAUGGCGAUGCAGAUGAAUUGACCAUCAAGCGCUAUGUGGAGUUAAAGGAGAAACCUGGAGCCUUGUGGCACAUUUAUGCUGCUAAAGACACAGAGAAAAUCCGUCAGUUCCUGAAAAAGGUACAUAUGACCAAGGAUAUGUAAGCGGUAUGAUAUACAUUAUGGGGCUGAAACUGAAAUGUAAUAUAAAUUAAGACCCAGAAUCAAUAAAGUGCCAAAAUCCUGUGGGUUUUUUUGUGAAUGCUUCAACGUUCUGAUAUUCGUACUUGGUGGGGAUAGACCGUGAUUGAACUUAGAACAUGAAAUGCCAUCAUUAUGUUUAAAAAAAACGGAUAAAUUUAGAAGCAUCUCUUUUCCGUCAUUUGUUUUUGCAUUAAGAAGGGGCAGGAUCAACUCUGGCCUGAAUUGUCUUUUAAAUUCCAACUUACAGUCUGUGUGCAAGAGCAUUCUUAGUUUUUUAGGUCUUCAUUUUUGCUAUCUUCUUCAGGUUUCAGAAGAGCAGGGCCAUGAAAACCCUACUGAUCAUGAUCCCAUUCAUGAUCAGAGUUGGUACCUGGACAGUGCCAUGAGGAAGCGCCUAUUUAAAGAGCAUGGUGUUCAAGGCUGGGCAAUCGUUCAGUUUUUGGGAGAUGUGGUCUUCAUACCAGCUGGAGCUCCCCAUCAGGUAUUGACUUUACACUGUCUGUGUUAAACACUGUGUUUGAAACUCAUCCAGGCAUUGUCUAAGUUUAAAAAUUAAUUGUCUUCCUAAAAUAAGGGGUGGACAAGAAUACUUCAAGUGGUUUAGUGAUCUGUGAUAACCCUGUAUGACAAUAUGUUAAAUGACUAAUUUGUUUUCUCUCUUCUCAGGUUCAUAAUCUGUACAGUUGCAUCAAAGUUGCAGAAGACUUUGUUUCCCCAGAGCACGUGAAGCACUGUUUCUGGUUGACUCAGGAAUUCCGCUAUCUCUCACAUACACAUACAAAUCACGAAGACAAACUUCAGGUAAGGGGGAUCAGCUAGAGAUGUAGGUGUAUAUUGCAUUAAAUGCUUGAAUAGUUUUGAGGUUUGAGGUCAGUUGCAAGUCUCCGUUGUUUCAAAGUUGUUGUAGGGUUUAGUAUAGGCCACUCAAGCCGUCAUCGAUGUGGUGUAAAAAUGUGACGUGGAAGUGGCUAUUAUAAAUACAUUUUUCUUUUGAAGACAGGAGUAUAUAAAAACAAAAGCUCAACUUCCUCUGGCUACUUUAAUUUUUGCUAGGGAUCAACUGAUUAUUGGUCUGGUAGAUAUUAUUGGCCGAUAUUCAGUAUUUUCAGCAAUAUCCGUAUCGGCCAAUAAAGAUACCAAUUAUUGCCAAUAAUGCAGACCAGGGCCACCAUCAGGGUCCUGGGGGACCCAGCACACUCUUACUUGCCUUCCCAGCAGUUCCCCUGUCUAACUCUCGCGAUUCCCGCGGCCGUCAGAGCGUUGCCACGGGUGUCCAUGACAACGCUCCGAGCGCCACAUAGGCUGCUAGAGUUAGACAGGGGAGAUAUUGGGAAGUAAGAAGAGUGUUGUUGGGUCCACUGCGGGCCCCCCAGGGAAAGCCAUAUCCCCUGUCCCAGGCCAGGUAAGAAGCAGGGAGGGGGGACUAAAUCAAAAUGUAAACUUAAUAUUUAACAAAAAAUUUAAAUUAAAAAAAGUGAAUACAAAUUACACACAUUACAUACCUGCACAAACACACUCUGCAUUCAUUAUAUACACACUGCACAAACACACUCUGCAUUCAUUAUAUACACACACUGCAAAAACACACUCUGCAUUCAUUAUAUACACACACUGCACAAACACACUCUGCAUUCAUUAUAUACACACACUGCACAAACACACUCUGCAUUCAUUAUAUACACACACUGCACAAACACACUCUGCAUUCAUUAUAUACACGCGCACACACAAUACAUAACACACUGCAUUUACUAGACACACACUACACAAACACACUCUGCAUUCAUUAUAUACACUCUACACAAACACUGCAUUCACUUAUCAAAUCCUCUCACUGCAUCCACUACACACACACAUUCUUGAAAACAUAAAACAUUUUGACUGGCAUGUAUAUUUUGUGCAUUUACCUUAAUAAAAUAAUAAACCUGUUCAGUUAACAGUAGAUUUGUGUAGAAAUAGUUUCUUUUUUCAAAAUCGUAAAUGUACAGAAUAUCGGUAUUGGCUUUUUGGCCUGAAAGAUCAGAUUAUCGUUAUCUGCUCUAAUAAAAUCUAUAUUGGUCGAUCACUAAUUUUUGCAAAAAAAAUUGUGCCCUAUUGAAGUGACCGACCUUUAUUUUCCAGUAUUUGUACUUGUAUUUCAGUUUAUCACACAGUCUCUAAAAUGAUAUUUUGAUGUUUAUGUUUUCUCCGCAGGUAAAGAAUGUGAUCUACCACGCUGUAAAGGAUUCUAUUGCAAUACUAAAGGCUAACGAAGCAAGUCUUGGGAAAGUUUAAUGAUGAUGCCUUAGUACAAGCAAAUUUUUAUGAACUUCCUCUGGCAGCUGUAUUAAACACAUCACUAGAUUUACCAAGAUGAGAAGACUAUGAACUUUUUACCUCGCUUUUUUUUUUUUUAAUUAAAACUGUAAGCACUACCUUUUACUGAAUCACCCAAGUGGGUUUUUAGGAAAUGUUUACAGUCACUGGAAACAUCAAAUGAAGACUGCAAAGCGGAGGUGAACAAAUGGGAUCGAAUUUGAUCAAUUUCCUCUUUUUUUUUUUUUUUUUUCCAAGAUGUCUAUACUCAGCUGCAACUUUGAGCUCUGUCCAUAAAUGGGGAAAGUCAAUAUAAACUUUUUUUAUAUAUCUAUAGAGCGAGUGAGCGGUGCCAUGUGAAAGGAGGAGAAACGUAACCGUUUAAGUGCCAGAGUUGAGCAGCUCCUAGCUUUUUAACAUUUUGCUUACCUUUGGCAUGCAAAGGGUUAAUGUUUGAAAACCAAAACACUUUUUUUAGACUGUACAAAAAUAUACCUCUUUAGGGUUUUUUUUUUUUUUUUUUGGAAAAUGUUCCAGGAAAAAUCAGCUGUAAAUCUGGUCCUUUAUCCUAUUUUGUUUUCUUAAUAUUUGUGGGAUGGUAGGGAGAUAACAACUAGAGCAUUUUUCUUUUUUUUAUAAAUAUAUAAAUAUAUAUAUAUAUAUAUAAAGACAUUGCAGCCUUGAAGAUUACUAGAAUGUGCAUUCUAAGUAAAAUGUAAAUAAGCAGGCUCUUAUCAUUUUACAUCAGUUUAGAAUUAGCACUGAUGUGCCUGGCAGUUUGUGUAAUUAAUGCAUUGAUUUAGAUGAAACGUUUGAAUUGUAUGAGUUUAAUUUAACAUUACUUUAGAAUAUUCCUUUGCCUGACUGUAGAGAGGAUGUGUGUAAGGAGAAACCCGUUGGUUCACGGGCCAUCAAUGAGUACACUUGUAAUUUUUUUUUAUUACUUCAGUACUUAUGAAUAAAGUAAUUUGUGUUCUCUGCAUCA